AUGGACGGCCCCCCGGAGCAGCAGCCCGACCCCGACGGCGGGGACGCCCCAGGCCGGGAGCCCGCGGGCAGCCCCCAAGACGAGUUCGACUUCUCCAUCCUCUUCGACUAUGACUAUUUGAAUCCUAUCGAAGAAGAACCGAAUGCACAUAAUGUCGCCAGCCCACCCUCCGGACUCGCAUACCCCGAUGAUGUCCUGGACUAUGGCCUCAAGCCAUACAGCCCCCUCCCCAGUCUCCCCGGCGAGCCCCCGGGCCGAUUCGGAGAGCCCGAUCGGGCGGGGCCGCAGAACUUUCUGAGCUCGGGCCCGAGCCCGCGCAUCGAGAUCACUCCGUCUCACGAACUGAUGCAGGCAGGGGGCCCCCUCCGCGCCCCCCGAGACGCCGGCCUGCUGGGCGAGCCGCCGCCCCCGGCCGGGGUGGCCGCCGCCGGCCCGCGGUUCACGCUGCCCGUGCCCGGCUUCGAGGGCUACCGCGAGCCGCUUUGCUUGAGCCCCGCUAGCAGCGGCUCCUCUGCCAGCUUCAUUUCCGACACCUUCUCCCCCUACACCUCGCCCUGCGUCUCGCCCAAUAACGGCGGGCCCGACGACCUGUGCCCCCAGUUUCAAAACAUCCCUGCUCAUUAUUCCCCCAGAACCUCGCCAAUAAUGUCACCUCGAACCGGCCUCGCUGAGGACAGCUGCCUGGGCCGCCACUCGCCCGCGCCCCGUCCGGCCUCCCGCUCGUCGUCGCCCGGUGCCAAGCGGCGGCACUCCUGCGCCGGGGCCCCGCUCGCCGCGCUGCCCGGAGCCUCGCCCCAGCGCUCGCGGAGCCCCUCGCCGCAGCCCCGGGACGACGGCGGCGCGCCCGCCGGCCGCGCGCCCGGCCCCGCCGUCCUCAUGGACGCGCUCAGCAGCCUCGCCGCCGACGCGCCGUGCGGCGUGCCCCCCAAGAUGUGGAAGACCAGCCCCGAGCCCGCGCCCGCGUCCGCCGCCCCGCCCAAGGCCGGCCUGCCGCGCCACGUGUACCCGGCCGUGGAGUUCCUGGGGCCCAGCGAGCAGGAGGAGAGGAGGAGCUCGGCCCCCGAGUCCAUCCUGCUGAUGCCGCCCGCGUGGCCCAAGCAGCUGGUGCCGGCGCUCCCCCUCUGCAGUAUCCCGGUGACCGCAUCCCUCCCUCCACUCGAGUGGCCACUCUCCCACCAGUCAGGCUCCUAUGAGCUGCGGAUUGAGGUGCAGCCCAAGCCACAUCACCGGGCCCACUAUGAGACAGAAGGCAGUCGAGGGGCUGUCAAAGCUCCAACAGGUGGCCACCCCGUCGUUCAGCUCCAUGGCUACAUGGAAAACAAGCCCCUUGGGCUUCAGAUCUUCAUUGGGACAGCUGACGAGCGCAUCCUUAAGCCCCACGCCUUCUACCAGGUUCACCGCAUCACAGGCAAAACCGUCACCACCACCAGCUACGAGAAGAUUGUGGGCAACACCAAAGUCCUGGAGAUCCCUCUGGAGCCAAAAAACAACAUGAGGGCAACCAUUGAUUGUGCGGGCAUCCUGAAGCUCAGGAACGCCGACAUCGAGCUGCGGAAAGGCGAGACGGACAUCGGCAGGAAGAACACGCGGGUGCGGCUGGUUUUCCGGGUGCACAUCCCAGAGUCCGGCGGGAGGAUCGUCUCCCUGCAGACUGCAUCCAACCCCAUCGAGUGCUCCCAGCGGUCUGCCCACGAGCUGCCCAUGGUGGAGACCCAGGACGUCGACAGCUGCCUGGUCUACGGGGGCCAGCAGAUGAUCCUCACCGGACAGAACUUCACGGCCGAGUCCAAAGUCGUGUUUACCGAGAAGACCACAGAUGGGCAGCAGAUUUGGGAGAUGGGAGCCACGGUGGAUAAAGACAAGAGCCAGCCUAACAUGCUUUUUGUUGAGAUCCCUGAAUAUCGAAACAAGCACAUCCGCACAUCGGUGAAGGUCAACUUCUACGUCAUCAAUGGGAAAAGAAAACGGAGUCAGCCUCAGCACUUUACCUACCACCCAGUCCCGGCCAUUAAGACGGAGCCCACCGAUGAGUAUGACCCCACCUUGAUCUGCAGCCCCGCCCACGGGGCCCUGGGGAGCCAGCCUUACUACCCGCAGCACCCGAUGGUGGCUGAGUCCCCCUCCUGUCUCGUGGCCACCAUGGCUCCCUGCCAGCAGUUUCGCUCGGGGCUCUCGCCCCCCGACGCCCGCUACCAGCAGCAGAACCCCGCGGCCGUCCUGUACCAGCGGAGCAAGAGCCUGAGCCCCAGCCUGCUGGGCUACCAGCAGCCGGCCCUCAUGGCCGCGCCCCUGUCCCUGGCGGACGCCCACCGCUCCGUGCUGGUGCACGCCGGCUCCCAGGGCCAGAGCUCGCCCCUGCUCCACUCCUCUGCGGCCACCCAGCAGGCCUCGCCGGUGAUCCACUACUCGCCCACCAGCCAGCAGCUGCGCUGUGGCGGCCCACAGGAAUUCCAGCACAUCAUGUACUGCGAGAAUUUUGUGCCCGGCGCCGCCAGGCCCGGCCCGCCCCCCACCAGUCAGGGUCAGAGGCUGAGCCCAGGGUCCUACCCCACGGUCAUUCAGCAGCAGAAUGCCACCAGCCAGAGAGCCGCCAAAAACGGACCCCCGGUCAGUGACCAAAAGGAAGUAUUACCCACAGGAGUGACGAUUAAGCAGGAGCAGAAUUUGGACCAGACCUACUUGGAUGACGUUAAUGAAAUUAUCAGGAAGGAGUUUUCAGGACCUCCCGCCAGAAAUCAGACGUAGAAGAUGCCGUUAGGAAGAAACCUCCCGUAUCUGACCCCUCGGAGCCCUCCACUGCCUCUCACCUUCUGUUCUCUUUCCUGUACAUCUCCUGGCCCGGAGGCCGCACGCGGGACAAUGUGUGGGCAGAAAGCUGACCCUCGAUUCAGGAGCUCGCCACCUCUCUGUGUAAACACCAGAGGGGACACUCUGCCUUUUGAUUUUUGUCUUAAAUCCCAGAGAGCAUCUCGGUUUGACUUUCAUGGUGUCCUUAAGUGCCUGCUGACCAAAAACACACAGUUCCGAACAAGCCAGCACGCCGCAGCCGCCCCCGGCCGGCCGGCCCGGAGCCCAGGGCGGGGGCUGGGGGGGGGAUGGAAGAUGUGGGCCCUGUCAUUAAACCCCAGCCCUGCGUUCAUUUUUCCAGGUCACAGAUACAGCUUCUGUACCUUUUGAAGGAAAGGAGUUUUCACACAGCAACCAAAGGAACGUGACCCAAGAGUCUGGCUUAGGGGCUGAAGAAAAACGGAAGCCGGACUGCCUCCUUAGGGAUCACCCGUCCCAGGCCACCGCUGGGCCACAGCUCCAGCCUGAGUUUUGAGUACUCUCAUUCUGAAGCACAACUGUCUGGCCCAUAACAAGAGGGCCUGUUAAAACUCGGCGUUAAGUUAUGACAUGUGUACACAUUUGUAAUUAUUUUUUUUUCCCCUCUGCUUCAGAGAGCUGGCUGGAGCUGGGGCUCUCUCCGGGCCAGCGGCUCCUCACCCCUGCAGCGGGCCAUCGGACUGGGGCGGGGACCCCAGGCUGCACUGUUAGCGCCUCUGCACCCCUGCAAGCUGAGGGCUUUCUGCUGGUCUUGCUUUCUUUCCUCCCAACAGCCAGAGUGCUUUUCCAUAAACUAGUAAAGAAGAAGAAUCUCAAGCACAUGCAUUGAAUUUCGAGAAGGAAUCGAAGAGCUAAACCAACCGAAAAAAAAAAAGUGAAGGUAUUUUUGUUAAAUUGUGAGAGAGGAGGCGAGGGGCAGGCCCAAGUGUUUCUCAAAGUGGGUUCCCCCAUGACGGGGCGGAGUUCCCUCUCUCUGGCCUAGACUCCACGUGGGAUGAGAGCUCAGGCUGUGGCCCCAGAGUUCAUUGGCGAUUUUUACCUGAAGCCAUUUCCAAGGGCCCUGGGUCCCAAAGCCCUGUCUGCAUUAGCCGCCUGCAUCCACAUCGAAGAGGAGCGGCCCUCCGUGUAGACCUCAGAUCGAAGGCGCUCCGCCCAGACCGGUCCCGUGGUGCUGGGCACCCCGCGCCCUCACGAGUCUUCCUUCGCUGGAGCAGAAGAGUCAGAGCCCUGCGCAGGGGUGGGCUCUCAUCACCCAGACGCGUUCCUGGCGGCAGGUGUCGGAGACACCCCGGAACAAGCCAGGGGGUCCGUGUUCAGCAGUUCGGUUUCUUCCCCGAUAAUCAAAACAGCGCAGACGUUCCCGGCGCUCUUCGAAAGGCUGUGCUUCGCGAUUGCUCAGGCAGAUCUGCUAGAUAGAGGCCUAGGAAGAGAAUCCUGGCCGGUCAGGGCUCUCCCCGGGGGAUAUACACGUCCUGGCUUUCUUGUUAAGGUUACGCAGAGGUUAAACCUUCCCCAUAGCCCUGCCGGGAGCACGGCCUGGGGACUAGGGCCUGGUGCGUCCGGUGCUCCAGAGAGUGGACAGAACGCCCAGGGUGUGACCUUUUAAUAGAGACCCAGCAUGUCCCCCACCCCCCCCCAACACCUGGGGACCUCUCUUCCACCCAAGCACAAAGUUCAGCAAAAUCUGCUUUUACGCAAAAUGCGGGUGAGAACUUGACCGUUGCUGCAGAGCUCCUGGGAUGUGAAAUUCUUCCGAAUUCAUGAAAAGUUUCCUUAUACCAGCAGUUUCCCAGCAAUAUUGGACUUAACUGGGGCAGAGUUAAAAGUGCUUGGUGACUGAUCUGUUCUCACCCGACCUGACUAGGAACCAUUUCCUUUUUUUUUUUUUUUUUUU